CUCUUCACAAACACCCUUCUCUCAAAUAAUAUCCCAUCUCCAUUACAUACCAAAAUCAGGUCAAAAAAAUCACAUAGCAAAAUGGCUAGUCUAAGAACUCACUGUGGGAUGGCUUUGGCUGUGGUGGUAACUAUGUUGGCUGUUUUGGGCCAUGGUGGGAGCAAAUUUGUGGCAAUGGCUGAUCUUGAUGAUGAGCCAUGCAAAAGUGAUCUGCCUGGUUUGAAGGCAGCCUGCUUUGAUUUCAUCAAGUUUGAAGGCCCUGCAAUCCCUCCUUCACAAGAAUGCUGUAAGCUCAUCAGAUCUGCGGACUCGAAUUGUACGUGCAACUUCGUGACCCCUGAGGCUGAAAAGAUGGUCGAUAUGAAGAAGGUGGUUUAUGUGGGCAGAAGUUGUGGGCUUCAAAUCCCUGCUGGAUUCAAAUGUGGAAGUUAUAUAGCUCCGCCUCCUUUGACGGUGGCAAGAGAUCGGUUGAAUAUCAAGAGGGGUCGCAAAGUCGCAAUGACUUCUCAAUAGUACAAGAAUAGAUCGUGUAGCAGCAAAACAUUGUUGUCUUUUUGAGGUGUUGCAUUCGACAUCAUGUGUACCCCGACUUCUUGUUUUCCUUUCUAUUUUUCAUUCUGCAAUUGUAGUUAUGGGGUACUACAGAGUUUACCAGCAAACCAGAAAUAAUAAUAAUAAUAAUAAAGGAACAAAUUCACC